UAGAACGAAACCAAAACUAACCUAUACAUGUUGCAAUUUCAGGGUCAGGUAAAAAUAUUUAAAAGCUAUCGUAGUUGUAUUAUCAUAAAAUUUAGCCGUCGCGGACGCGUAUAAAUUAUUCAUAUCUUUUCUUUAGCCAUAGUGUGAAUAAGAGUGUGCUAACAUCGUUCAUAAGAUGUUUUAUAGAAACAUUGUGAUAACUUUCUUCAAAUCAAGAUCGUCUUAUUUACGGACGUAUAACGGUGUUGUUACGACUUUCGGUAAUCAUAGAAGUGUAGUACCCUUAUCAACAACCCGACUCGCGCUAAAGGAUGAAAAGGUCAAAGUGACGUUUAACCUCUACGACGGACGAAAGCUAGAAGCCGAAGGAAAGGUCGGUGACACCCUUCUAGAUGUGGUCGUUAAUAAUGACCUCGAUAUAGACGGGUAUGGCGCGUGCGAGGGCACGGUGACCUGUUCCACCUGCCACGUUGUAUUUAAGCAGGAAGACUUCGACAGAUUGGCUGAAGAGGCAGGUGACGAAGAGAGAGACAUGUUAGAUUUAGCGUAUGGAUUAACAGACACAUCGAGGCUAGGUUGCCAAGUAACCUUGACCAAAGAACUCGACGGGCUAGAGGUCAUAGUGCCAGAGAGUGUUAACGAUGCCAGAAGUUGAUGACGCUUCACGUUUAGACCAUUCAAUCGUUGACGAUGUAAAAACUAGAAAAUUAUAAUGAAGUUUUGAAUAUAAAAGUAUGAAAAAUGUAACAAAAAAUAUAUACCUAUUGAUGUCCAAUUUUUAUACAAGGUUACGUUUUUUUUAGGGUUGGGUAGAUUUAUCUAUUUACGCAGCUAAGAUAGUAUAUUUUUUAUAUGUUGGCAACACUACAUAAUAUACGUUAAAAUAUCCAAUUAGAAUAGAUAAUAGAGAUUAACUAAUAUUACCUCAAUUUAUAAUAUUUAUAAAGGAU